CCGCCGCGCGCUGAGGCGCCUGCUCAGUGCGGGACGCGGCGCGCGAGGGGCGGCGACGGGCGCGGGCGCUCAAGCAUGGCGGCAGCGGCGCUGGGCAGCCCCGCGGACUCCGCGUCCCCGGCUGUGGCCGAGCUCUGCCAGAACACCCCAGAGACCUUUCUGGAGGCUUCCAAGCUGUUGCUCACUUACGCGGACAACAUCCUCAGAAACCCUAAUGAUGAAAAAUAUAGAUCUAUCCGGAUUGGAAACACAGCCUUUUCUACUAGACUCUUGCCUGUCAGAGGAGCUGUUGAAUGUUUAUUCGAAAUGGGCUUUGAAGAGGGAGAAACACAUCUCAUCUUUCCUAAAAAAGCUUCAGUGGAGCAGCUGCAAAAAAUCCGUGACCUCAUUGCUGUAGAGAGAAGUAGCAGAUUAGAUGGACCAAACAAGAGCCACAAAGAAGAGUUAUCUCAGCAACCUGCAGCCAGUACCCGGCUUCCUACAGCACGGUCUUCAGAUCCUGAUGGAUUAGCCCAGCUUGCAGGGGACCGGCAAGGGCAGCCAUCAAAUCCACCAUCUGCUCCAAUGAUUCCUAGGAGUGGAACCACUGAGUUGUAUGGUAAGUUUAUGUUUAAUGUUUUAAGAAAUUACCAAGCUGUUUCCAGAGUUGCCUCACUGUUUUAUAUCCUCGCCAGCAGUGUGUGUACUAAUAUAAGUGAUGAGGAUUUUCUUUUGCUGGAGCUUUUACACUGGUUUAAGGAAGAAUUUUUUCAAUGGGUGAAUAACAUUUUGUGCAGCAAAUGUGGUGGUCAGACUAAGUCUAGAGGUGCAUUAUUUCCCAAUGAUGAUGAGCGGAAGUGGGGUGCGAACAGAGUAGAAGAUCAUUAUUGUGAUGCAUGCCAGUUCAGCAAUCGAUUCCCGAGGUAUAAUGACCCUGAGAAGCUUUUGGAAACGAGACGCGGACGGUGUGGCGAAUGGGCCAACUGUUUCACCCUGUGCUGCCGAGCCCUGGGGUUUGAGGCUCGCUAUAUUUGGGAUUACACAGACCAUGUUUGGACAGAAGUCUAUUCCCCUUCCCAGCAGCGGUGGCUGCACUGUGACGCAUGUGAAGAUGCCUGUGACAAACCACUCCUUUAUGAAGUAGGGUGGGGCAAGAAGCUUUCCUAUGUCAUAGCGUUUUCCAAAGAUGAGGUGGUUGAUGUCACUUGGCGAUAUUCUUGUAAACAUGAAGAGGUAAUCGCCAGAAGAACUAAGAUUAAAGAAGAAGUACUUCGAGAAACUAUUAAUGGACUUAAUAAGAAGAGGCAAAUGUCUUUGUCAGAAAACAGAAGAAAAGAACUUCUUCAGAGGAUAAUUGUGGAGCUUGUUGAAUUUAUAUCUCCCAAAACCCCUAAACCUGGAGAACUUGGUGGAAGAACAUCUGGGUCAAUGGCUUGGAGAGUAGCCCGAGGUGAAAUGGGUCUAGAGAAAAAAGAAACCACGUUCAUCCCCUCUGAAAAUGAGAAGAUUUCUAAACAGCUUCACCUUUGUUAUAAUAUUGUGCAAGAUCGUUAUGUUCGAGUUUCAAAUAAUAAUGAAACCAUUUCUGGAUGGGAAAAUGGUGUGUGGAAAAUGGAAUCUAUGUUCAGAAAAGUUGAAACAGACUGGAACAUGGUGUAUUUAGCCCGAAAGGAAGGAUCAUCUUAUGCUGAUAUUUCCUGGAAGUUUGAAUGUGGGUCAGUUGGCCUAAAAAUAGACAGCAUUUCCAUUAGAACAAGUAGUCAAACCUUUCAGACUGGAACAAUACAGUGGAAAUUGCAAUCUGAUACAGUGCAAGUAGAACUGUCAGGCGAUAAAACUCUUCGCUCCUAUCAUGAUUUUUCUGGUGCCACUGAAGUUAUUUUGGAAGCAGAACUAAGCAGAGGAGAUGGCAUUGUUGCUUGGCAACAUACCCAGCUGUUUAGACAAAGCUUAAAUGACCAUGAAGAAAAUUGUUUGGAGAUAAUUAUAAAAUUCAGUGACCUUUGAGAACCUGAACAUUAUAGAAAAGCUGGCAAUAAUCAAGGACUUAACCAUGUUCUAAAUUAGCCUGUUGGUUCAGUGCAUGCUUAGUUGGCAAUUUACUACCCUCUGCUAGCAUAUUUCUUUUGCUGGCUAUCCAUCAUGUAACCCUCCUGAAAAUAUAUCUUUAUACUAUGGACCAUAAUGAAACCUUGAAUUAAAAGCUCCUUUCCAUAUGGGACUAUAAUUUGGAAUAAAGUCUUAUUGCCCCCAAUAUGAGGUUUAAAAAGUAUAAAUACAGUUUUAAAAGUAAAAUGAAGGUAUUCAUGGUGAUAUGCUAUUCAUGAUUAUGAUAAAAUCUUAAGCAAAUAAUAGUAAUUUAAUAUUUUCUGAUCAGUCAUUAAUUUUUUCAUAAGUAAUUGAAUUAGAUUUCCUAAGAUUUUUAAUUUUUAAUAAAUGUAAAACUGUAGAAAAUCAUAAUGCAUGAAAAAUGUUAUUGUAAAUAUGUCAGCAUUUCAGAAAUAAAAUGAAUUAUUUUGCUUUA